AAAUACAAUUUGUAUUAUUUCUCUUGUGUUCUUCGACUGCAGCCUCCACCUACGCACUGGGCAGACGUUUUUCGAUAGUUAAAGAGCCAGCCGUCCGUCCGUCGUUUGAUGUAUUUUCUCAAGUUCCCGUAACUUUUAGCCCCGAAAUAAAUAUGUGACAGUCGGCCACAUCGCGCAUAAACGCGGCUGACGCAGAAUAUGGGCCUGAAAGCAGCUGUCCAAGCACUAAAGAAGGCAGAACCGCUAAAGGAUAAAGUUCAACAGUGCAAGGAUCUUCUAAACGACAACGAUGCAUGGGUCUGCCAGCAGCAACUUCAAAAGAUUUAUCAACAGGUCCUUAUCUUGGAUCUCGAAUAUGCACUUGACCGCAAAGUUGAACAAGAACUCUGGAAUCUUGGAUUUAAGAAUUACAUAGCCACUCUACAAAUACAAGCAAAGGAUCGAAAAAAUCCAAAACGGGGUGAAUCCCAGGCUAUGUUGAGUUGGUGUCUUGAAGCAGCAAGCGGUUUCUAUUUAACUCUUCUGCAAGAAAUAUGUACUGCCUUUGAUUUGGAUCUACCAUUCAGACGCAAGAGCUAUGUAUAUGGAUGUACCUCACCAUGGAAGGCAGUAGAAAAGUUAUCGGCACCACACAAAUCUUCCUGUUUCUACGUGUGCCAAUAUUGUCUUGUUCAUUUGGGAGAUAUAGCUCGUUAUAGGAAUGAAAACAAACAAGCAGAACUGUUCUAUCGACAUGCAGUUUCGUUGUCACCAUCUAGUGGACAACCAUACAAUCAGUUAGCACUAUUGGAAGCAUCUCGCGGUGAUAAAUUGGGCACAGUUUUUCACUAUGUGCGAUCGGUAGCUGUUAAACAUCCAUUUCCUGUUGCAACAGCAAAUCUUGCAAAGACCCUGUCUUCUGCCCUAAAUGAUAAAUCGUUCAAUACUGAAGGGAAGACUAAAUUAACAUCUCAAGAAUAUAUAAGUGUUUUCUUGAAGCUACAUGGUGUACUGCAUAAUCUGGGAGAAGUGAGUGUGGCUGCAAAGUAUGUAACCAUUCUUACUGAAAGUAUGACUGCUCUUGUAGCAACGGAAAGCUUUAGCUCUUGGCGGUUGGUACAAAUGCUGUCAAUCAAUUUGUACGCACUGCAACACGCUGUUGGAAGUACAGCUGAUAGUGCAGAUAUUUUGAAUACAGAACAGUUGAGUUCGGAUGAAAAAAUUGCAAGAAACUGUGUGUUGGAUUUAAUAGCUGGAAGUCUAUCGGCUUUACUUUUACCUGUUUACACAAUUAAAGGAGCUGUGAUAGACUACUUUGCACUACCGACAAUAAAAUUGUGCCUUGAGUGGAUUCGUCUGAAACCAAGAGUUCUGGAAGAAACAGCAUUUGCAUCUAGACUGCAGAUUUGGCCCAGUCUUUGUUUACUUUUAAAUGGACUGCAACAAAGCAUUGGUGACUUCAAAUCUGAUCUCUAUGGAAAAGUCCCUUUACCAGAGGAUCGUGAUUUACAGGGCUUUUUGCCACUGGAGAAAGCCUUUGAGGCUCUUCGAUUCUCUAACACAGAUCUCGAUGGUGACAUUGUAUCUUUAAACAAACUACGUGCUACACGUAUCUUAGAUUUGGGUCAUCAGUUGACAGAACAGCAAGUGAAUGGCACAGCGUUGAUAUCCGUUGUAAAAGGUGACCAGGAUUUACAAGAGAAAUUUUCAGCAGGAAACGAAACAGCCGGACUUAGUAAAGAAUUGUGGAAAGAGUUAGAAGAGCUAAGCUUAAGCAAAGACAAACAACCGCUAGUAAAUGCCAGUCCAGUUCCCUCAGAGUCAGCUAGUAGCAAGGGGUCGUGGGAAGCAGAUAUUCCUGAAUCUGCAGUUGAGAAACGGAUAGGUAUAUUAAAGCCGCAAGGUUCCCUAGAACGCAGUAGAGAUUCGGUAGUGACUGGCACCGAAGGUAGCAAUUCAGAGACCAACUCAAUUCCGUCAAUCAGAAAGCCAAGACAAAAUAUAGCUAUGCAGGCAAUAAUGCGUCGUGCAGAAACUGAGCAGAAGCAAGUAACGUUCAAGAAUAUAUCACCGGUAAUAAUUGAGGAGGAGGAUGCUAAGGUUAAGCCAACUCCUACUUCACCGACUAAAAAUGGGGUCAAUAAAAAUGUGCAGUUGAAUUUACAAUCAUCGAAUCAAAAUGGUCUGCUAAGUUCAAAUCAGGUCACAAGUGGACAGAUUCAUUCGAUACCCCUUAUAAGUAGAGCGGCAAGUGUAAAGAACAGUACACCCGUGCAAAACCAAGCUACAUCAAUUUCAAAUCAAUUAAAAUUGAAAUUAGAUAUACCACAACCAUCACAAGUUAAUCAGCAUCUGCCAAAUGAACCUCUCCACAACAUAACGCAAUUUGGUUUUCAAAAUCAUGUUUCUGGGCAGACUACAUACCAAAAUCAGCCCUUUAAUGUACAAAAUCCUCAAUUCGGAAAGAAUUUCAUGACUGGACAUAUGCAGAAUUUCCCACAAUACCAGGUCCCAGGGCAAUUCAAUAUGCCUCAAAAUAUAACAAUGUCUCAUGGUGUAAAUCAGAAUCAUCGACUACCACAUCAGAGAAUUGGCCAAAAUGUGCCUCAGAGUGGAACGUUACAGCAAAAUUUAGGACCAAAUUCAGUUCCUCAACAAAGUUUUGGAACCAACAUCUCCCAAAGUGCUGCACUCCAGCAAACUAUGAUUCAGAAUGCCGCAUUGCAUCAAACGAUGGGAAUCCAAGAGCAGGGUAUAGUCCAAAAUAAUUUGAGGCCAAAUGGCCCUAAUUUGCAGGGUCAAAUGAAAUUACCAAUGUCUGGUAUGACUAACGGAUUGCAAGGUUUACAAAAUAUGGCAAGUUAUCAAAAAACUUUUCAACAAAAUGUAACAUUGCCAAAUGUUCCGAACUCUACGAUAAAUCCAACAAACUUAUCAAACGUCCAAAGUAUUAAUUACAAUCCCAAUUUUGGACAGAAUGCGUUUAAUCAGAUGUAUCAGAAACAAAUGUCUCCAGCAGCCUAUACUAAGGCAACAGGUCAAUUCACGUUUCCAAGCCAGGCUACUACCAGUAAAGGUCAACAAUCUUCAAAUAAUUAUCAAAGAUUCUCUAGUUACGAAAACAAAGACUUUAAUUUGUGGAAGGAUAACCAGCUGCCGCAACCACCAGUUACUUGGUGGGGAAAUACAAGAGCGUCUCAAAUCCCAUGCAAGGAUAUGCAAGGCGAUGUGUUUCAGAAUUGGCCAACAGCAAGUCCUCCAGGAUCAGUAAAUGUAUUUCCUACAGUACCACUCACACCAGGAAAUAAUUAUCACCAAAAUCCGAUGCUAGGCAGACAGUCGUAUACCAGAAAUAGUUUUGACGAAGCUAGAUCAUAUGAGAUGGAACAAAAACAGCCGCAGUCACCAGGUGCUGGAAAUACAUAUUCUCUGUUUAGUGGCAACACAUGGGGAGCAGCACCUCAACAAAAUCCAUCUAAUCAAGAUCAAGUGAAGAACAGACUUAGCCAGCAAUCUCUUUGGUCAGGUCCUGGCCCUUCGCCUUUAGAAAGACUUCUAGAACAGCAAAAAUCGCUUCGUGAGGGUGGCACUUGAAGGAAACAUGUUGAACGCUAACGCAACAUGGAACAAACUUAUCCUCUUACCCAACACGCGGGCUAAGUAACUAGACAUAAUCACAGCAAAAGCUAUGAUAACGUAAGUUACAGAAUGAAAAAAUUAUCACACACUAAUAAAUCCCCUCCAAAGAGAAAGAAAAAAUAAGUCAACAAACAAAAUUCACCAACUGACAGGAAUAUCAGAUGGAAUAAUAGAUUACCCAAAACUGAAUGAAGUAUGGUAAGAUCCACUGGGAACAUUGAUGUUCGUUAAUAAAGGUUAAAAAAGCACGCAUAAAGUUCGAAUCUGGGUACGAAUAUUGUUACCAGAAACAGAUAUGGACAGAAAUUCUCUCUCACUAUUACGAAGUCGUUACAGAAAUUCGAAAGUAUACUAUUUGAGUAGCGAAUAUACCCUGGAUGUGACGAUACAUUUUCGUACAUCAGGAUCUUUAGAAUUAGUAGCACGUCUUGGGUCCUGAUUACUGUUCGAUGCGACGUGGUUGCAUUAAAGUUGAAAUUACUUGGAACUUGAAUAGAGACAAGUUUAGGCUUGCCAGUAAUUACAUAAAUAACAAUAAGCAUGAAUGGUUUUAGGGAGACCAUCAUGCAGCCUUGAUGUUAUCAUAGCGUUGAAUUAAAAUCUAUAUCCAAAGUAUUAUGAGCAAGGAAACUUCAAUAAAUAGAGUUUUGCUAAUACAUUUAGAGCGAGCAUUAUUUAAAUUCUCUAUCGUGAAGAUCUAUUUUCAACUGAUUAUAGGUACGAUAGCAUAAUGUAUUUUAGUAUGAUAAAAGAAAAAACGGCUACCCUCAUCAAUAAUAUACUUCGAUUCUAAUAUUUGUUUCAGGUGAAACUAAAUAAAUUUUAUAACAUAACAACAGCUAGAGUAGCUGGAGACUGAUUUAUUAAUUAUAUCUCAAGCUUCAUUAGCUUCAAGACAAAAAGUAAGAAAUGAUAAAAAAAAAAAAAUGCACUGUCGUCAUGAAGGCAUAUGUAGACUAAUGAAAUAUUGAUAAAAACUCAAAACUGAUAUCUUAACGAUUAUGUUAAAUUUAUAGAAAUAUUAAAUUACCUGCAAAUAUAAUAUGUUAAAUAUGCAAAACUGGUAUUGUUUUAAACCUAUCAAUAUUGUAACUAUACAUUUUCCAAUAAUUUGUAACAAUUUGAUUUCGUUGGUAAUUAAAAUUAUAGUAGUAUUAAACAUUAAAAACAUGCAUAUAGUCCUUGAACGUCAUUGAGUGGCAUCGUGCAUAUACUCACCCAACCGCAAUUUGUUCAAGAAAUGCAAAUUUUUAUAUUCAUCGACAGCAUAGUUUUAUUGUAAAUUAAAUUUCAUUUGGAAGAAAGAGUAGGAAUGAUUGGAGUUUGGGUAAUGCAAUUGCAUUCAGUAUAGGCGGUUUCAUGUUCAGAAAAAAUAUAUUUCGUUGUAAAAUUAUAUACCAAAACUAUAAGUGUGAAAAAUUAUGUAGACAAGUUUGCGCCAGUUCGCGGAACCAAAGGCGCUUUAGGUAGUUACAUUAUGCAUUAUAACAAGCCAUAAAAAGUAAAGUUACCAAUUAUAUGCGAUAAAGGUCGCGAGGAACGGUCUCAUUUUGAGGAGCUCAACAUUGUUUUAAUCGAGUACAGGGUAAUUAAACCCAACCAGCCGUAAUUCUUAACACUUCGAUUUCUAAGUAUACAUAUGUCAUUUUGGCACUCUACAUAUAAGUAACAAAAAUGUUUAUUAUUCGAUGUAAUACAGAGUAUUAAAAUAUAUUUGGUAGUUCGUCCUGGGGA